ACUUCGUCUCCUCCAGCUAGGCUGCAAUAUUCUUCUUGUUGGUGCUUAUAUACCUCGCCGUCCGCGCCUCGGAUUUGCAUUUCACGUAGUCUGUGACAAGCUGGAAAGAAAAAAGGUUAGUCGACUCUGGAGCGGCUCUCUUGGCAGGGUCCAUCCAUCCCUGUGAUUGUUGAUGCCUCUUCGUGUGCCUGAUAUGUCUUCUGCUUUAUUGAUUAAUAGAUGGUUAAACUGUUGAAAACAGAUAGGGCUUACCUGUUGAAGCAUAUCCCCUGCGUGUUAUCCUCAGAAUCUCGUUGUUUGCACAAUAAGCCGGCACAAUGGCUAGUAUUCAGCUCCCACUCGAGGCAUUUACCUCGCGCCUGAACCUCACAGAAAGACUCAAUGGCAUUCGCUCCCAGUCCAUGUCCAGUCGCUUCGCCAACCUACGGCCCGUCUCUGAGUUCUUGGAUAUCAAGCGAGUCUCUAAGCCGGCCAACUUUGCUGAAUUCCAGAGCCGCGCAAGCUACAACCUCUCCUACUUCUCUAGCAACUAUGUUGUUGUUUUCAUUGUGCUCAGCAUCUACAGUCUGCUCACCAACCUGGCCCUCCUUUUCGUCAUCCUCCUUGUUCUCGGAGGCUCUUAUGGUAUUGGUAAACUGGAAGGCCGGGAUCUAGAUGUUGGUAUUUUCCGUGCAACCACUAGCCAACUCUACACUGCUCUUUUGGUUGUUGCACUUCCCCUAGGUCUCUGGGCGUCACCGUUGUCUACUGCUUUGUGGCUUACCUGUGCUACCGGUGUGUGCGUUAUCGGACAUGCCGCGCUGAUGGACAAGCCAAUCGAGAAUGCUUUUUCGGGGGAGGCGGUCUAGGUGGUCGACCGCGAGCUCCUUGUGAUGUGCCCCUAUGGGGAAGACCACUAGGGGCAUUGUGCAGGGGGAAGAGUCAGAGGAGUCAAAAUCGGCUGACGGAGAGUGAAAGUGGUGAAGAGGAAGAAGAAGACGAAGACGAAGAAGACGAAAGUGAUGGCGAGGAGGAGGAAGACGAGGAAGAUCCAGGAGUGUCUUUGGUUCCUUUUGUCGAUAACAAGAGAAGGGAGACUUGUGGUGGUGAAGUGGAUGAGAUACCCGGAGAAUGGUCUGAUAGUGAUGAGGAUGAAAGCAUGGAUGAGGCUGAAGGCUCAGAUGGUGAGAAUAAUGAUGAUGGCUGUGAUGGUGUGACUGGAUAUGACGGGCAUGAGCUCUCACACAAUGACACUAUUGCGUAUGCAGUGGAACUUGCCAUGCGAGACGACGAUGAUGUUCUGGUUGAAAAUGCGCUUGAAAAGAUUCGAUAUGCACGAGUGAACCGGUUGAACAACUUCACCCUUACGGAUAGGGAGGUUGACGCAUUGGAAAGGAGGAGACGACGGAAUGCCGAAAUUGGACUCAGCCGGCCACGCACCCCAGCUACCAACGGAACAGUUAAAACGCCCUCAAAAGGGAGUACCAGACAGAUAUACAGCUCUUCUAGGAAAAGGAGGCCAUCCGAGAGCGUUGCCGAUACGACUUAUUCAUCACCGGUAUACCUUGGGCACUACUCUGUCCCAUCCUCUCCGGUUCCUAGUCAUAUAUCUCUCAGGAAAUCAUCUAACAGGCCUAGGCAACCAUGUUCUUCAAUAUCACCCAGACAUGAACCAAAUUUCCCUCCACAGCAGCCACCGCCACAGCCUCAGUUUUACCCCUUCGGCCCGCAUCCUUCAAUGAUGCCUGGACCUACUACCGCUGGAGCAAUUCCUCUGUCUGUGCCUCAAUCUCCAUAUCCCAUGUACCCCCGGCCGGCAUAUCCACCUCCACCUCCAAACAUCAUGUGUCAGCCUGUGUAUUCUCCUUUGCCUUACAAUAAUUAUCUAAAUCACCCCUCUCCUGACCCGUUCGCAAUGCAUGGGCCACCUCUUCCAUCCAACCAAGCUACCAACGGGACUGGCCAUGGUGAUGAUGGCGUGGAAACCAUAAACACUGCCUCUAGUAGUAGAGACGAAGGGUUUGCCCGCCGCAGAAAAUCAUCAACGAAAUCGUCUCCUAAAAAGACACAACCCGCUUCCACAAAACCGCCUGACACACCCAAACCUGAUCAUGCAUCCCCUGCCUCGCCUACCACGACAGAGACUUCUAAAUCAUCUUCUUCCAAAUCUACUACCACUGCAACUCGUAAUGGCUUUGUUCGACCAAAGAGGAAAAAGUACAGAUGGAUUUAAUACUCGCUGCCUUUCAUCUCCCUCGCCGACCAGUUUUCUCUCCUGACUCUUAACCUGCGCAAUGUCUCUUGAAAGUUUUCAUUUACCGGGACGCACUUCAUGGGUACUGAUUUUUAAUGCCAUUAGACUUGUACAUCUCGUCUCUUUCAAGAUUAUACUUCUCUUACCUUCUAGUCGGAUACUUUCCAAUUAUUAAUUGUCCUCCAGAACGAGCUGCCAUGCUCUAAUCUCCUUUCCAUUGUCCAUACAUUGCAGCUAUCCUUGAUAAAGUUCCAGCGAAGUUAAUCAAUGCCAUUCACGUACUGAGUGAUCCCUCCAAAGCCCAUUUUUGAUAGAUCCUGUCUAUACCUACACUGUCGAUUUCAUUGAGGAGGCAUGUACUUAUUCAAAUGCCAGUCGAGGUUACUGCCGUUUUUUUUUUUUUUUUGGAUCCAUAGCCUGGCGACAGGGCUAAAAUGCAGCAUGUCCUAGGAUUAUGCAGGGACAAGGCAAACCGACAGAUAUCACACCCAGAGAUUCAGCUUGCUCCCACCAAUCGCCAAUGAGGACGCCCCAUGGAGGAUGAAUUCAACAAACCAGCCAUGUUGCAUUUGACUUUUCCCAAACAACCCAGGCAUACUACAUGAUAUUUGGCUGCCAGACAUGGAACACCCACUAUCCGCAUGAAAAAAUAAUCAGCGAAUAAAGAGCUAUGGAGCCGGUUAGUUAUUCUGGUACAGAGGAAACGAGAAACAAGAAACAAAGUCGAUCAAAAGUCUCUUGACUUUUCUGCUCUUCCAUUGGGCAAUAAUCAGUUAGCGACGAUCCCUGGUAGUUCCAUUGACAGGCCAGAGUUCUCACUUCGCGAUCUACUAUCUCCUCGCUAGAUCUUUGACGGCUUCUCACAGAUAAUCUCAUGAAUCCCACUACCGCAGUGUCGUAGUGAUGUUGACGUUGUAGUUGUAGUAACUGUUGUAGUUGUCGAAGUUGAGAUGCUGGCUCGUGCUUCCCAUGCGGGUCGAGCUCUCCCGUUAAUGCCGAAAUUUAACUCCGCCGGCUUUUAGCGGGUGC